AUGGCUGCAACAGAAGAGAACAGUGCACUCUUCCCAAUUUUUAUCUUAACUAUAAUGGCUCUGCCUUUGGUGCCUUACACAAUAAUCAAGUUAUGUCGUGCGGUCACCACGAAGGCAACAAGCAUCAACUGUCAGUGUUCUGUUUGCUUCCGUUCAGGGAAGUAUCGCAAAUCCAUGUUUAAACGUGUUUCAAACUUUUCAACAUACAGUAACCUGACUCUUGUAUUGCUUUGGGUCAUCAUGGCAGUUCUUGUUUAUUACAUCAAACACAUUAGCCAAGAGGGUUCAUUUUGUUGGGACGGAAGGCCUGUAACUGACAGGCCUCCAUCUGUAACGGAGCACGUACAGUUCUCCGUAAGCUUUCCGGCGUGA